UUAGCAGAUCGAAGGAUUGUGCUGCUGGGUAAAACUGGAUCAGGAAAGAGUUCAACAGGAAACACCAUCAUCGGAAACUUUGUCUUUAAGCGAGGGAUUUCCUCCAAGUCUAUGACUAGACACUGUCAAAGACACGAGACAGCAGUGGAGGAUAAAAUCAUUUCAGUGAUUGACACUCCAGGACUAUAUGAUACAUCAAUGAGUGAAGGGGACCUGAAGAAAGAGAUUGAGAAGUGCAUCUACAUGUCUGUUCCUGGUCCUCAUGUGUUUCUGCUAGUCAUCAGACUGGGUGUGAGAUUCACAGAAGAAGAGAAGAACACAGUGGAUUGGAUUCAGAAAAACUUUGGGGACGGCGCUUCUGAUCACACCAUCAUUCUGUUCACUCACACAGACCACCUGAAGGGGAUUUCACUGGAUGAGUAUAUCAGUGAAAGUAAUGAUCUCAAGGCUCUUGUUAAUAAGUGCGGUGGCAGAUUUCACUCGUUUAACAAUGAAGACAUGAGGAAUCACUCUCAGGUCACAGAACUGCUGCAGAAGAUUGAAGAAAUGGUGAGGAUCAAUGGAGGACAGCACUACAGUAAUGAGAUAUACAAUAAAGCCCAGAAAAAGAUUGAACAAGAGGCUUUAAAGCAAAAACUGAGACAGUAUGGGCAAACAGCGCUAACAGUAAUAGGAGGAGGAGUAGUAGCAGUAGGAGCUGUAGCAGUAGCAGCGAUAGCAAUAGCUAAAGGAAAAUAA